AUGACGCAUGGAAUAUCUCUUCUGUACUCACUUUGUCUGGUGUACAUGCAGGACAGAUUGGAAGGUUCUGCCCGCGAUAGUGAUGUGAACAACAAACUACGUGGUGCCUUGAGACGGGCUGAAGGAGAGGGAAACUUGGACACAUUGAUGGAGACAAUCCCCAAGAUACCAGGAUCUGAUGUUCAGAACCGCAUGAUCUCAAGCGUAGGCAGAUCUUCCUUGAAAAGGCGUGCGUCUUUUCGCGAGGCUAUUCCCAUCGCUACACUCAAAAGGGCACUUGAACCAUCAGAAGGCCACACCUCUGCUGAGGAUCUUUGGGCAUUGCUUAUCAACAUGAGCAGCGACACUGAGCGUGAAAAUCAGAGAGAUGUUGCCGAUGCUGACGCCUGGAUUCGCGACAAACACUACAAUGCAGACAGGCUCAAGAUCGAACGACUGUCGGGUGACUUGUUGCCGAUGGAUCAGUGUUACAUCAAUCUUGCCGUCGUGGAGAAGCCUGGCCAGGACGCAGGUCACACAAGGGGAGGGAACGGAAUGCCCUCUCCAUUUUCACUCUUUGCUCGACAGAAAGUUGAGACACCGGACGAGACAAUCCAAGUCGAGUUGGCCGCACUCUUCGGUCAACGAAUUGCGCACGAUAAGCGCACGAUACACCCAAGACGAAUUUUGAUUCGCGGACGCGCGGGAGUUGGCAAGACCACACUGUGCAAAAAGAUGGUCUAUGACUUUACUCACGGAACGCAGACGGAACUUCAUCGCACAUGGGCAAAAUUGUUCGACCGCUUGCUGUGGGUGCCUUUGAGGAAUCUGAAAAGACAGUCAUCUUUGGGGUAUAACCACGAGGAAUUGUUCUACCACCAACACUUUUCUGGACAGGGACGCGACAGGGGCCGCCACUCUGCUGGGAGACUAUGGCAAACGUUGAAUGAUACCAACAGCAGCAGAACCCUGUUCGUUCUCGAUGGAUUGGACGAAGUAUCCGAGCUCUUGGACCCAGAUAACGAGAUGUUCGAGUUUCUCCGAGAUCUUUUAUACCAACCCAACGUCAUUAUUACCUCCCGGCCACAUACCGGCCUUCCUCCUAGCGUCCGAAAUCCCGAUCUUAAGUUGGAAACAAUUGGGUUCUACCCAGAUCAGGUGAAAGCAUAUCUGGAGGCCGACCCUAGCAUUAAUCCAAGAGCCAACGAAGUCCUCUCUUUCCUUCGAGAUCAUUGGCUUAUGCAGGGUCAUGCAGCAGAUAUUGAAGACUUCGUCAAACAUGAGGUUUGCUUCCUUGAAUACCUCGGUUUCACGGGACUACACAACGACGUAUUGGAGUUUAAGUCAGAGCAUCUGCGAACUAUAUCCAGGUAUUUCAAGGACACGAAACUGGUGCUUGAUAAGACACUUCCACGCCUUUCUUUUCUGCGGAAUUCAGAUGCCUCGCCAAAAGACCGCCACCUCAACUAUCACUUCCUACACCUGACCUUUCAAGAGUAUUUCGCAGCUCGCUACUUUGUCCGGAAGUGGACAUCCGGAGAGAAGCUCUGGACACCGAAGUUCGACAGCCGACGGGAGAGGUCCAGUGUCACAGAGAGCAAUCCUGAAGAGUUCCUGCAGAAGGAAAAGUACAACAUACGAUACAAUAUUCUUUGGCGUCUUGUUGCUGGCCUUCUUUACGCCAACCAUGAUGAAGUGCAACUGUGUCGAUUUUUUUACACGAUCGAGGGCCAACCACGAGACCUCUUGGGUCCAGUGCAUCAACGACUGGUCAUGCAUUGCCUGAGCGAAGUUGGCCCAUCGCAGGAGACCCUAGAGUUUAACCGGCUUCGAAGGAACCUAGAGGCUCAAUUGAAGCAGUGGCUACUGUUUGAAUGUAAUUUCAAAAAGCAAAUAUACCCACGUUUAUCAAACGAGGUGGGAUUCCCAGACUCCAUUCUGCAAGCAGUUCUACAAGAAGAAUGCGAGAGCGUUAAAGUGCAGGUCCUUGCCUCAUUGAGCAGCAACCAUUCUGGUAUUCAGGCGUCCCCUAGCCCUGUCGGAGGAGACUCUUCAGACUCUCGUGGCCUUUUGAAGGACCCGGAUAGUGUCAUUCGGUCCAAUGCGGCAGACGCCUUAGGCAGCCAGUCACCCCUAUCAGAGGAGACUAUUAAGGCCCUCGUGAUCUUAUUCGAGGAUCCGGAUAGUAAUAUUCGGUCCUCUGCAGCAGAGGCCGUGGGGAAGCAAGAGGCUCUAUCAGAAGAGACUCUUAAGGCCCUCGUGGCCUUAUUAAAGGAUCCGAGCAGUGAUAUCCAGUCCUCUGCAGCAGAGGUUUUGGGGAGGCAAGCGGCUCUAUCAGAAGAGACCCAUAAGGCCCUCAUGAUCUUAUUCGAGAAUCCGGAUAGUACUAUUCGGUUCUCUGCAGCAGAGGCCUUAGGGAGGCAAGCGGCUCUACCAGAAGCGACUUUUAAUGCCCUCGUGGCUUUAUUAGAGGAUCUGGAUAGUAAUAUUCGGUCCUCUGCUGCAGAAGCCUUAAGUUGGCAGACACCUCUAUCAGAGGAGACUAUUCAGGUUCUUAUGGCGUUAUUAGAGGAUCUGGAUAGCAAUGUUCGAUCUUCUGCAGAUCCUAAUUGGGACGACGAACCUGACCGCGAUUCCACCAUUAGUCAACUGACCAGCUCUGCCACGUCUAUCAGCGCUAGCGUCCUCGAGUACCGCAAGCUCCAAGGAAGAACUCACCAAAACUUCAACAACGGCACCAAAUGGUGCCAUCACCUGCUCUCCCUGGAGAGUCUUCGACGCAGGAACGGGAACUGGACUUUGGGCAAUGUGAAGUUGGAUUCCCAGACCGUGGACGACACUGGCGGCUCUACCGACUUUCCGGAUCAAUUCCUCUCUCCACAUUUCACGGGCUCCGAUCUAUCACCAGUUUAA